AUGACUACUACUAAUACUGGUAUGUACAUUGCUAUGGCAAGACCCUUAUCUUUUCAUGAAGUUUCAAUUUCCGGUGUUGCUAGUAUCAGUAGGGACUUUAGACGGUCAUCAUGUUCAAAGCUUAAAAGCUCAUGCAACGUUUCUUCAACAUGGAUAUUAUCUCAGAAUGAAAAAUCCAGUUCUUUGAGAUUUGGAAAGAUGACCACCAAAGCCAUGUCAAAUUCUAGUGACCCAAAACCUCUUCCAGGGCUGCCAAUUGAUCUAAGAGGAAAGAAAGCAUUCAUUGCUGGUAUAGCUGAUGAUAAUGGAUACGGUUGGGCAAUAGCAAAAUCUCUAGCUGCUGCUGGUGCUUUGAUUCUUGUUGGCACAUGGGUCCCUGCAUUCAACAUAUUCGAGACUAGUCUUCGAAGGGGGAAGUUUGAUGAAUCACGUGUAUUGCCAGAUGGAUCUCUGAUGGAUAUUGCUAAAGUGUACCCCUUAGAUGCAAUCUAUGAUACACCUGAAGAUGUUCCUGAUGAUGUAAAAUCUAACAAGCGUUAUGCAGGCUCCUCAAAGUGGACCGUUAAGGAAGUAGCUGAUACUGUGAAAGAGGACGUUGGCAGCAUCGACAUUCUUGUGCAUUCAUUAGCCAAUGGACCCGAGGUUACCAAACGUCUCUUACAAACAUCAAGGUCUGGGUACCUGGCUGCCAUCUCAGCAUCAAGCUAUUCUUUUAUAUCUUUGCUGAAACACUUUCUCCCAAUAAUGAACCCAGGCAGUGCUUCAAUUUCUCUGACCUACAUGGCUUCUCAAAGGAUCAUGCCGAAAUACGGUGGAGGUAUGAGUUCAGCCAAGGCUGCUUUGGAGAGUGACACAAGAAUGUUGGCCUUUGAUGUUGGAAGAAAACAAGGAAUCCGAGUGAACACAAUUUCUGCAGGAACACUAAGAAGUCGUGCUGCCCAAGCGACUGGUAUCAUUGAUCAAAUGAUCAAUUAUUCAUUAGAGAAUGCACCGCUGCAAAAAGAACUAUUAGCAGAGGAGGUCGGAAAUGCUGCUGCUUUCCUGGCAUCACCGCUGGCUUCAGCCAUCACAGGGACAGUCUUGUAUGUUGAUAACGGACUAAAUGCAAUGGGCACCGGAGUUGAUAGCCCUGCUUUUAAAGAUGUUGACUUUUCAUUUGAAAUAAGUUAGUCACAAAGCACAAUCCAGUUCACCACUUCAAAAUAAAGGUGUAAGCUUAUUGUUUGAUUGGCUUCGUUGUCUUUCCCAUUUUUACAGUACAAUGUAUAUGUUGUACUUUCAACUUUAGCAUUUCCAGAUUUUGGUGAUCACGCACAAAAUAUGUGCAUGCACACAUUGACACAAGCAUCGUGUCCACAU